AUGUCGUUGACGUCGAGCAGGUCUGUCCCACUCUCAAUCUUGUCUUCCACGGGUUCGGACAGCACGUCCGUCCUUGAUAAGCGGGAGGGUAUCUUCGAAGUCGAUACUAGCAAACCAUGGAAGCUUAACGGAGGAACGAUGGGCGUGUGCCGUGUGCUCUACACACCCGAACGCCUGCAGAUGAUUGCCACUCAGGCAUCUGCGCCCGAUAGCCCCUUCUAUCUGGAUGAUCGCAUCGGGCUCGUGCAUGAUGCAAUGGCGCUCGCAAAGUCCGGUCACUUGAAAGUCAGCGCAGUUCUUGCUCUAAUGGAGGCGUGGGCGAGCGAAACAGAGUAUCUCGUUUGGGAGGGCAUCUCCGACAAUUUCAAUAUCCUCGUUGCCACGUGGUGGGAAGACCAGCGAAUCCAGACACAGCUCCGCGCAUUUCGCCGUUCCCUGUAUGGCUCUAUCGCGAGGAAUCUUGGAAUAGAGUACGGCAAGAGUGAUGGCCCCGACGUCUCCCAGCUGCGCACGAUCACCGUCGGAGGCGCGGCUGCUGGAGGCGAUGAACUCGUGCUCACUGAGCUCAAGACGAAGUUCGCCAGGUAUAUCGCGGGCGAAGAAGACGCGAUACCUUCAGAUCUGUUGGAUACGACGUUCACGCAAGCCAUCAAGCAUGGUGGAAAGGACGAGUAUGAUGCUGUACUCGAGAUCUAUGAAGCUGGAAGAGGGCCUGGCGGGCACAUCGCCGCGAUCCGUGCACUUGGAGCAACGGAGGAUUCGGCGCUGUUUGAACGUACUCUGACACUAAUCCGCACGAAAUCUCGCAAUCAGGACGUCGUACACUUCUUCGCCGGUCUUAAUGCAAACCACAAAGCAAGGCGUCGUGUUCGGGACUACUUCGAGCAGGAGUAUGAAACGCUCUCCGAACGGUUCAAGGGCACGUCCGCCAUGCGCCACUUUGUCACGUCCACAUACUCGGGCUAUUCUACCCAGGAAGACCUCGAACAUGUGCGCGACUUCUUCAAGGAGAAGGACACCGCCUGGUACAGCAUGGCACUUGCGCAAGCCAUCGACUCGAUUAAGGCUAGAAUUCGCUGGAUUGAGCGAUCGACGGGAGACGUGAGAAACUAUCUCGAUGGGAGGGAUGUCUCGGUCGUGUGA